GAUCGGCUGAACGCGAACAUAAUUUAGUGUUGGCCAGACCACCCUUUAUACAAGGAUCACCCUGUAUCUCAAUGGUUUCCUAACCUUAAAAAUAUAUGUACACUAACCUAAUUAUAAGACAACAAAUCUAAUUAACGCAAAUGUAAUAGUAAAUUAAAAAUGACUUCAGCUUUGUAUUUGGAACAUUACUUGGAUAGUUUAGAACAUUUGCCCAUAGAACUGCAAAGAAAUUUCACUCUAAUGAGAGAUUUGGAUUCCCGCGCUCAAACUUUAAUGAAAAAUAUCGACUCGUUAGCGGAUACUUACCUAAAGAAUCAAAAGAACCUCAAUCAAGAACAGUGCAAGGAGCAGUUGGAUAAAAUACAAAGUUUGUUUAACAAAGCGAAAGAGUACGGCGAUGAUAAAGUGCAAUUAGCGAUACAAACCUACGAGCUUGUCGACAAACAUAUUAGAAGGUUAGAUUCCGAUCUCGCCCGAUUCGAGUCGGAAAUUCAAGAUAAGGCUUUAAAUUUGCGAAAUACCGAAGAGAACUCUGUAGGCAAAAAAGGACGUAAGAAGAUCAAAGAUGGCAAGGACAGUAAAAAGAAACGGUCCGGUAAUUCCAGCGAGGAGGACUCGACGGGUACAGUGCGAGGCAGUAAAAAGAAAAAGCAGAAAUGCACCACGAAUACUAAUAGCGCAGGGGGUACCGCGCUGAGCAAUACGAUCUCUGCAUCAGGUGAGGUUGUCGACGCAGUUCUGCCAGGUUUAGCCGGAAUAACGCAUCCGAGCGACGUUUUGGAUAUGCCCGUCGAUCCGAAUGAGCCCACCUAUUGCCUUUGCCAUCAAGUUUCCUACGGUGAAAUGAUCGGGUGCGAUAAUCCAGAUUGCCCGAUCGAAUGGUUUCACUUUGCGUGCGUUGGACUUACAACGAAACCAAAAGGUAAAUGGUACUGUCCGAAGUGUACACAGGAUCGAAAGAAGAAGUAAAUUGGUCGUUAUUCUUUCACAUGCCUAGUUUAAGAGAGUUUAUAAUUAGUAUAGUUUACUUUUAAAGUUUUGUAUUCUUAUGGGAAUGUACAGUGGUUUGUGGUACUCAUUGUUUAGCUCUUAUAAAUAAAUUAUUGAAGUAAUACCUAA